CUGUCUCUCUCUCUCUCUCUCUCUCUCUCUGUGUGUGUGUGUGUGUGUCUCGGAGACAGGGAGAGAGAGACAGAGAGAGAGAGACAGAGAGGUGUUAGAGGGCACUUAUCUCUUAGUUACAGUGGUUAAGGGAAGCUCUGUGAGGAUGUAACAAUUGAGCCAGGACUUAAAUGAGCUGUGCAAAUAUUGAAUAAGCAAAGUGUGGAGUAGAAGAUAUGGUCAUGAUUAAGAGAUUAGAUAUUCUCAGUGCAAGGGAGGCGCACUUUUGGAUUUCUUUGUUGAAAGAAGUAGAAUACUGUAAUCUGCUUUACAUACUUAGAUCAACUCAGUGUUGUGUGGAGAAUUACAGAAGGGAGAAAUGGAAGCAGAGAUUUCUGGUUAGGAGGUUAUCAUUGGAGUCUUAGAAAAUAUGAUCCUGGAGGUAAGGAUAGAAUCCGAUUCUGCUUCUAGCGCUAACAGAGGACUUCUAGUGCUUGUAUUAGAAGACUCUUCUGAGGACAACUACAAAGGUUGAAUAAAAUACACAAAGCAGGGGCAGGUGUUUAGCAUGGUGCUUAAGAUGCUGAUUAAGAAGCCCACAUCCCAUACCAGAGUGCCUGAGUUCAGUACCCAGGUCCAGCCCCUGACUCCAGAUUCUUGCUACCACAGACUCUGAAAGGCAGGGCAGUGGCUCAAGUGUUUGCGUUCUGCCACCCACAGGGGAGACCUGUUCAAUUUCCAGUUCUAGCUCCUGGCUUCAGCCCCACCAAGGCCUGACCGUUGAAGGCAUUUGGAGUGUGAACCAUAAAAUGAGGAAGUGCUUGCUCCUUCCCUCUCUGUGCCUCUCAAAUAAACUAAUUAAUUUUAAAAAUACACGAAGCAACACAUUUAAGGCAUAAGAUACUAAGAAAAGCGUAAGAACUCGGGUGGAGAGGAGAAACUGAGCUGAGUCUAUGCCAACAGAGCAGAACAAAUCUCCUCUCUGAUUAAAAAAAAAAAAAGAUUGACCAUGCCCAACCUGGGUGACACCUCAAUACUCACUUCACCCUGGAGCACCAAACAGAGCUUCGUGACCACACCUAUCGCACACCUCUAGGAUUCCCUGAAAGCAGACAUUCCACUGAUCCACACAGACAUAGUCCACAGAUAAAAACCAUCACAGCAAAACAAACAAAAAACAAAGAAGAAACCAAGGAGAAUCUUCAUAAAUGCCGAAUAACAAAUGCACCAACUCAAGAACAGGAAUAAGGAACACAGCAUGAUGCCGCAAAAAGAAUGCAACACUUAAUUAACACUUAGAUUGCGAAGAUGAAGAGACUGAAGAAAUGCCAGAAAUGGAAUUCAAAAAAUUGAUCAUAGGAUUACUUAGAAGUAAUCAGAAACAAAUGCAUGAGCUAAUGAAAUCCAUACAUGACAUGAAAGAAAAUUUCUCCCACAAAAUUGAGAUCUUAAAGAGAAAGCACAAUGAAAUCUUGGAAAUGAAGAGUUCAAUAGAAAAACUAAAAAGUGCAGUGGAAAGCCUUAACAACAGAAUUGGUGAAGCAAAAGAAAGAAUAUCUGACUCAGAAGGAAAAUUGCAAAAAAUUAUACAGUCAGACAAAAAACAACAAGAAGAAAUUAGAAAACUAAAAAAUACUGUUGGGGAUCUACAGGAUACUAUCAACAUACAGGUUUUAAGAGUUCCUGAAAGCAUGGAAAGAGAAAGGAUUAGAAGGCCUUUUUAGUGAAAUAAUAACAGAAAACUUAUUAAUUUGGAAAAAGAAAGGGGCAUCCAAGUAUAGGAAGCACAUAGAACUUCUAAUAUACAUGACCAGAAAAGAUCUUCGCCACGACACAGUGUAAUCAGACUCUCCACAGUAGAACAUAAAGAAAAGAUACUAAAAUGUGCAUGAGAGAAAUGCCAGAUUUCUUUCGGAGGAUCUCCAGUUAGACUUACAGUGGACUUCUUAUCAGAAACUCUACAGGCUAGGAGAGAAUGGCAAGAUGUAUUCUAAGUCUUAAGAGAAAAAAACCUGUCAACUCCAAACAUUGUGCCCUACAAAGCUCUCAUUUAUAAAUGAAGGUGAAAUAAAGACCUUUUAUAACAUACGAAAAUUGAGAGAAUUGGUCACCACUUGUCCAGCCUUACAAAAGAUGCUUAAAGAUGUGUUACACACGGAAACAUAGAAACGUGAUCAUCACUAUGAAAGAGGGUGAAGGCAGAAAAUCUCCCAGUAAAAGUACAAAAGAGGACAGGUAGAAUGUGUGGGUGUUAGGGUUGUUAGUUCACUUUGGUGAUGGAGGAUGAGUUUCUUCUCUUUAACCGUGACAAAUUUUUUUUGUUUCCACAUGUGAUAAAAUAAGGAUAAUAUUGUAAGCUUACUCAUAGAAUUCUUGGAAGCAUCUCCUGUCAAGGCCUAGCAUAUUUUUAAAAAGCAUUGACUGCUUUGACUGUUGUUGUUGUUACAAGAAUGGUGGUCCACCAUUAUCAAAUGAUGGAAAGUGUAGGCCGGCGCUGUGGGACCCUGGGUUCUAGUCCCAGUCGGGGCGCCAGAUUCUGUCCCGGUUGCCCCUCUUCCAGGCCAGCUCUCUGCUGUGGCCUGGGAGUGCAGUGGAGGAUGGCUCAAGGCCUUGGGCCCUGCACCUGCAUGGGAGACCAGGAGAAUCACCUGGCUCCUGGCUUCGGAUCAGCGUGGUGCGCCGGCCGCGGUGGCCAUUUGAGGGUGAACCAACGGCAAAAGGAAGACCUUUCUCUCUCUCUCUCUCUCUCUCUCUCUGUCUCUCUGUCUCUCUGUCUCUGUCUCUCACUGUCCACUCUGCCUGUCAAAAAAAAAAAAAGAAAAGAAAAAGAAAAGAAAAGAAAAGAAAGUGUAAAUGCCUUAACUUAAUUUCAGCUUUCCCACUUCUUGGCCCCAAUAUCCUGUAUAAGUCUGUUUGUCUUUUGUUUUACUGUAAGUUCUUUGUUGAAAGAAAGCAAACCAUUAAAAUUAGCACAGUUUAUUAUCACAAUACAACAGAAAAGUCUACACACAUCCAAGGACAGGAAACUACGAGUAAGUGCAGCCUGGUGUUGAAUACAUUGAAAUUAAUAAAUCAGGAAGCAAGACUGUCUCAGACUUCUUAUCUAACAGUAGCACAGUAUCCUGUGCCUGAUUUUCUCUAGAGAACAACCUUCCUUGCUUCUGUAUUGGUCAAACUGUAGUCUUUUGAUUGAGGAUGCCUCUAUCAGUUUUUGUGUCUUUUAAAUGAAAUUUCAAGGGAGAGUCUUGAAGCUGCCAGUCUGCCAGUGGCUUGCCUCUCCCUUUCUAGGUUCCAGUUAGACCCAGACAGCUGUAGGUUCCUGAGGCUCACUCACAAGGAACAGUGGACUGAGCACAGGGUGAGCUUGAAGGGGAUGGGGAGAGCCUGGAUCAGAGUGGCACUCAUGGAGAAGCACUUAUCUGAGUAUAUAUCCACAGCCCUGCGGGACUUCAAAACAACCAGGAGAUUUUAUGAAGAUGGAGCAAUUGUCUUGGGUGAGGAAGCAAAUAUGCUUGCUGGCAUGCUGCUGGGACUCAAUGCUAUUGAUUUCAGCUUUUGCCUCAAGGGAGAGGGAUUGGAUGGCCACUUUCCUGCUGUUAUAGACUAUACACCAUAUCUGAAGUUUACCCAAAGUUCUGAUAGCAUCAGCAGUGACGAGGAGGAGCUGAGGACUUUGGGAAGCAGUGGUAGUGAAAGCAGCACUCCAGAGAACGUGGGGCCUCCCUUCAUCACGGAUGAGAACAGUUGGUUCAACAAGUGUAAGAGAGUGAAGCAGAAGUACCAGCUUACCCUGGAACAGAAGGGUUAUCUUGAAGAACUCUUAAGACUUCGAGAGAACCAGCUGUCUGAAUCCGUCUCCCAGAAUAAAAUACUACUUCAAAGGAUUGAAGACUCUGAUCUGGCCCAUAAAUUAGAGAAAGAACAAUUAGAGUAUAUAAUUGUGGAACUUCAAGAUCAACUGACUGUGCUAAAGAAUAAUGAUUUAAGAUCAAGACAAGAGUUAACUGCCCACCUCACCAACCAGUGGCCUUCCCCAGGAGCUCUGGAUGUCAAUGCUGUUGCCUUGGAUACGUUGCUUUACCGAAAACACAAUAAACAGUGGUAUGAGAAAAGUUAUCAAAGUCUUGACCAGUUAUCUGCAGAAGUUAGCCUUUCUCAGACUUCCCUUGAUCCAGGCCAGUCACAAGAAGAUGGAAAACAAGAUGCAUUAAACUUAAUUGGUGAAGGUAAAGAAGAUACUCCCUCAUUACUUGGUCUCUGUGGGUCUCUAACAUCAGUAGCAAGUUACAAGUCUCUAACAAGCCUAAAAUCUAAUGACUACCUUGCAAGUCCUACAACAGAGAUGACAAGUCCAGGCUUAACUCCAUCCUGAAAAACUAUGGAAAGCCAAAGGUUUUUAUGUUGUAAAUGUUCAAUUUACAUAAGUUUGACUGCUGGGAAGACCUUUGAAAUUUUAUAUUGUUCUGGUACAUGUUGGGAAUUCUGUUCUGUUGCUUAAGGUUCAGUCCACUACAUGUAAACUUGAGUGAAAAACACAAUGAUGCUGUCAUUUGUCAUUUGAAAAAUAGAUUUCUCAUUGAGGAAGCUUAAAAAUGAGAAGGCUUUUCAAAAUGUUCAAAGAUCCUCCAAACCAAUAAUUCAUUGCAAACUGUACAUAUUUACUCCUCAACUGAUGUUUUAUAUACUUAAGUGUAUCUUAGUGACCAGAGAAUGAAUUCAAGGUUUUAUUCUAGAUACUGUAUGUAUUUUCUUUGCUUCAUUUUUCAGUGAGUAAAUUUUCAGUUUAUUAGCUUCAUAUUUUUAUUAAUUUCUUCUUAAGCCCUAAUGUUUAAAUGUCUUGUUUUCAGUAUCUGGGGAAGGUUCUCAAGCUGUGUUUCACAGUGGCUUAUUAAAUUUUUCUUCAGCAUUUAUUAUUUAGCACCAGCUUAACAUUCCACAUAACAUUUUAUAAAUUUUGUAGGAAUGCCUAAAAAGGCAAUUAUUAACUUAAUUUACUAGGGCCAUGGGGAAAGUAUUUUAUAUGAAUAUGGGUAAGUUGAAUAAACUUAUCUUUGUUUUCCCAGGAUUUUCUUAAGAGAUUAUCUACUAAAAAUAUGAUCAAGUAUGUCUCAAAAGUUGGAAACACUUCAAAAUUAGAACGAAUGUUUAAAAAGUAUAUUGGGAAGGAUUUCAAGUUUGAGGAUUUGAGAAUCUUUUAAACAAAGAUUAGUGGGUAAUCACUAUACUUAACAGUAAAUUUUAUACAUCUGACAUAUAGUGCUUUUUCUUGUAUGCAAGAAUGGUGUCAUGUAUGUUUUACAGUUUCUAUCACUCAUCAUGCCAUCAACCCAUUUAAACACUGAUGCUAAAAAUUCGUACACUUCUAAGGUAAAUUUUUCUUCUUUUAAUAUAUAGGAUCUCCAUUUUAAAUCUUUCUGCAGUUUUUGAAACAGCUACAUUUGUCCCUUAAAAUUCUACCAUAUUGAAAGUGUAUGAAAUAUAUUUUCUAUAGUAAGUAAUAUGAGGAAAACAUGAUUAGUUGUGCCAAAGAAGUUUUAUACAUUGUUUACAUGAGGAGUUCACAGUUCUGAUUGGGGACUUCAUAUGGUAUUUUUUUUUUUAAUUAAUAAAAUCCAGUCUUAGUAGUUUUCACAUAUAGAAGAAUAUUCACCCUAAAACAAUGCAUUUUAUUGGGAAGGGGCAGGAAAAACUAAACAUUCAUUCUUUGCAUUAGAAAUUUAGGAGUCUGGUGGUUCUCUACAAUAUUUAGAGCCUAGUCUCAUAAUUUGGAAUUUAAGAUAACAAAUAGUAACAAGGCCCAUCUUACAUAUGACAGUCCAAACAGUGCCAUUUCAAAGGAGGCUUGGAAACCACCCUGAAAAUAAGUUGUCUUAGAUAUGUCAGAACAUACUCAGAGCUUUAUAUCUGUAGUUUAAGACUUUAAUAUUUGUAGAAAUGCAAAUAUUCUUGAGAAAUGGUACCUUUAAUCUGUUCUCAAUCUGUAUACAUUGUUGUUAGUGAGGUAUUCAAAGCACGUUUAACCAGCAUGGGAGAUGGAAGGAAGGAAUACAGUGAGAACAAUGGGAACUUGGGGAAGGAGUGAGGAAAUAGACAAUGAGAACUUCGAGAAUUUUACACUGGCCUUGAGCACCACUGCUCUUUCCUAAGAAUGAUCAGAAUAUUUAAAUGCUUUAUUAUUCAGAGUCCACUCUGAACAUUUAUGACAUUUACGAUCCUUUAGUAAUUUGAAAAUGUUAAAUUUCUUCCAUGCAUUUUAUAAUGUAGAAGGAAAUCCAAGAUUGAUAUAACUUUUCAGAUUUGUCCAACAUACACAGUAACUUGUGUUCCUUAACAUGCUACUAAGUGCAUAUUUAAACAUGACAUCUGAGGAUCAUUACUUUUCCUCCUUUCUGCAGCUCUUGGUGUGAAAUUCAUCUGCUACUGUGAAAUUCAGGUUUCCACACAGUUCCUUUCACAUUGGUUAGAGGUAGUUUGUUAGUGUUUGCAUGAGGACACAGUGUAUGUCUCAUUCUUCAAUUUUAGUGGUAAUGUUUACUUUUCACAGUCUUCACCCCAAAAGAAUGCUGAAUUAUAUGCUAAUAUUUCCAUGUUACUUGUUGCCUUGAUGUACUAUACUUGUUGCAUGUAUAUUAAACAUUUUGUACCAUG